AUGGGCAGUCUUGCCGAAGGGGUACCUCAAAUUCCCAUGAGUUUUCAGACUCAGGGUACCCACGCCACUUUACCAGAUACUGGUAUUGGCCCUGACGACGACGUCGUUUCAGUAGUCUCUCGACAUGAAAUUGACGACACCCAUGCUCAUCGAGCAAAGUCGGUGGCGGCCGGUGUACCGGUGGAGGCCCACGAGAAAUUGGUUCUAGAAGUGAAGGGUCUUCAAGAGGCCUUGGAUAAGUCCCAGUGCAUGCUGGAAUCGAUGCAAAGCCGCCUUCAGGAAAUGGAGCAAGCUCAAACUCGGAGCGAGGCUUAG